UUAUAAUUGUUUUAUUUAAAAAAAUAAAAAAUAAAAUUGUGUGGUUGAAUAAUUUAACUCUUUAAUGUUCAACUAAUCAUCAACAAGAACAUUUAAAGAGUCAGGGAAGUUAAUUGAAGCUUUGCAAAGAUGAACAUGAUGGUUCCUCCUUCUCAUAAUUCACUUCACUAUUCUUGUCAGAUUCUACUUGCAUUUGGACUUUUUACUUUGAAUAUGUUAACUCAUAUUGAAGCUUAUGGCUCAAAGGUUGAACAUCUUCCUGGUUUUCAAGGACCUCUUCCUUUUGAACUUGAAACUGGGUACGUGGGGUUAGGGGAAACAGAUGAUGACAUGCAAGUGUUCUAUUAUUUUAUCAAAUCAGAAAACGAUCCUCAAAAAGACCCUCUUAUGCUUUGGUUAACUGGUGGUCCUGGCUGUUCUUCUUUUUCUGGCCUUGCCUAUCAAAUAGGUCCAGUUGCAUUUGAAAUCAAGGAGUACGAUGGGAGCGUGCCUAGUUUGGUCUUGAGGCCACAGUCAUGGACAAAGCUAUGCAGCAUUAUUUUUGUUAAUUUGCCGCUUGGAACUGGUUUCUCAUAUGCAAAAAAUGUCACGGAUCACCGGAGCGACUGGAAACUAGUUCACCAUACUUUUCAAUUUCUUAGGAAGUGGCUGAUUGAUCACCCAGAAUUUCUUUCAAAUGAAUUCUACAUUGGAGCUGAUUCAUACUCUGGCAUUCCUGUCCCAGCCAUUCUUCAAGAAAUUUCAAUUGGAAAUGAAAAAGGUCUCCAACCAUUGAUAAAUCUCAAGGGAUAUCUGCUAGGGAACCCUAUAACAACACACAGAGAAAAAAACUAUCAAAUCCCAUUUACUCAUGGAAUGGGACUCAUUUCUGAUGAACUUUAUGCGUCACUGCAGAGAAAUUGUAAAGGAGAGUAUGUUGAUGUAGAUUCCAGAAAUGAGUUGUGUUUAAGAGAUCUCCGAUCCUAUGAUGAGUGCCUUUCAGGACUUGAUAUGUUCCACAUUUUGGAUCGCUUUUGUGACGAUGAUCCGCGUUUGUGGAGAAGAUCUUUGACUCGGGAGUUGAAGGAGUCUCUUAUUUCUCGUCUCACAGUGCCCGAACUAAACUGCCAAUUUUAUAGUUUUUACCUGAGCACAAAAUGGGCUAACGAUGAGUGUGUUCGCAAGGCACUGCAUAUUCGAGAGGGAACCAUAGGGAAAUGGGAACGUUGUUACUCUAAUGAUUUUGAGAAUGAGAUCCUUGGUAGCUUUGAGUUUCAUGUAAAUCUAAGCAAAAAAGGAUACCGGUCUUUGAUUUACAGUGGAGAUCAUGAUGCAGUUGUUCCUUUCAUGUCUACUCAAGCUUGGAUAAGGAAUCUAAACUACUCCAUUGUAGAUGAUUGGAGGCCAUGGUUUGUAAACGGUCAAGUGGGAGGAUACACAAGGACAUACUCGAAUCGAAUGACUUUUGCAACCGUGAAGGGUUCAGGACAUACAGCUCCUGAGUACACUCCUGAGCAAUGUUUUGCCAUGUUCACUAGGUGGAUAUCUAACUUGCCUUUGUAAAUCAGAAUCCCUAGAUGGAAUUAAUAUGGUUAUAUAAGCAUGAGAUGUUCAUUUUUCAAUUCACUCCUUUGCUCAGUUAUCAACCACCAUCCCUACCCUUGGCACAAACACUUUACCACCGUCCCUUCCCAUUUAAUCGGUUGAUCAUUGAUUCACUCCUUUAUUUUCACGACCCUCCACAAAUUUGAUUAUGAAGUUUAUGGACCUUAUUGAGAAGCAAUUGUUAAGUAGCUUUCUAUUAGUUUGUUAAUUGGCCUUUUUACUUACGAAUUUGAGCAUGUUUGCUUGUAUUGGCCUACUCUUGUAUGUGAUCAUUAGCCUAUAUAAGGCACGAAAAUGAAUGAAAGAAUCAAGGAAACACAGUUUCCAUAACAA